AUGAUACUAAAAUAAAUUUUUAAUUUGUUUAAUUAUCUGAUAACUUAACUUUGUUUAUUGGGUACUGAAACUAAUGUUGCUGGUGAAAAAGAUCAUCAAAGAAAUCCAGCAAAUUGUGUUAACUUUAAACCUGAUUAUUAUUUUAAUGGUGAUAAUUUCAUUCCUGGUGUUAGUGAAUGUUAACAGUGUCCAAUUCCCUUAAAAAUUGCUGCAUAAUAAGCAAAUGCAGGUGGUAUUGCUAAAUUAGCUCUUUAAUGUGAAAUUAAUUGUCCUGCUGGUACUUAAACUGAACAUGGAGAAACUGUUUAUGUAGCAUAAAAAGAAGAAUGUAAUUUUUGUAAAGCUGGCUUUUAUUUUCAAAGUGAUAUUUUUACUUUCUCAGCAGGUGUUCACAGAUGCGAAUAAUGUGGAAUAAAAAAAGCUGGUGGUUCUAAAGCAACUUUAGGUGUUAAUGCUUCAAUAGAAUAAUAAUGUAACAUUAAUUGCCCUACUGGAACAAUAACUGAUACUGGAGCAACUAUUUAUUUAUCACAUUAAAGUGAAUGUGUUAAUUGUAAUAUUAAUUUUUAUUUAGAAUCGCAUUACUUUUUAGCAGGUGAAAGCACAUGCAAACCUUGUCCAGUAAAAAAAAGUUUUGGUGCUAGACAUACUUUAGAUUAAAAUGCUAAAAUAGAAGUAUAAUGUGAUGUUGAAUGUCCUAAUGGUACUGUAAUUUAUGAUGGAAAAACAAAUAAUUUUAAAAAUGAAAAAUCUGAAUGUAUUAAAUGCGCUGCUAAUUUUAAUAAUGUAAAGCAAGAAGAAUGGGUAGCAGGUACUGAUAUAUGUUUUCCUUGCUCUAAUAUUUUGAUUUAAGGCGCUUAAGCAAAUUAUCAUUCUGUUGCUACUCAAGCUACAAUAUGCAGAGGUACUUUCUCUUAGUUUUUGACAUUUUCCUUACUAUUUAUUUGUUUAUAUUUUUUAUGA